UUUGACUAAUCGGACUGCAAAGUAAGCGUCAUAAAUUGGAAAAAUAAUGAUGUCAAAUUGAAUUGCAGAUAUCUGUAACCAUGACAUACCUGCCAAUAUUGAAUCAAUUUUAAAACUGGUGGAAAAGUUACUAGGAUUCACAGAGCUGACAGUGUCAAAAUAAAGCAUGUCAGAUGAGGAACUGUGCCUAGUGAAACCAGAAAUUACUCAAAUAUCAUGUCUAGGUAGUGAAAGUUUUGAGGAGAGAUGGAAGAUCUGUGUUAGGGUGACAAGUAAAUCAAGAAAGUUAAGGUCAGAUGAUGGGACACAAUAUUUCAAAGUUGUCCUUGAAGACAAGUCUGGGCAGAUUGAUGCGCUCGCAUAUGGAAGUCAGAAUGUCCAUAAAUUCUUCGACAGAUUUGAGGAGGAUAAGGUUUACUUUAUAUCUGAUGGAAAGUUGGUAAAACAUAUAAAAAAGAAUCCACAUAAAUCUGCAAAAGAUAAUUUGGAUGAAAUAGAGAAAAUCACGCAUAAAAAUGAUGACAACUCAACUGAUGGAAAGGCAGAAACUGAAAUAGGAGAGAGGGUAGAUCAAAAUGGAAAGAUACAAAACAAAAAUGAAGGGACAAUAGAUGAAAAUGAAGGGAAAAUAGAUGAAAAUGGGGAAAAGAUAGAUGAAAAUGGGGAAAAGAUAGAUGAAACUGGGAAAAAGGUAGAUGAAAAAAGAGAAAAGAUAGAUGAAAAUGGGGAAAAGAUAGAUGAAAAUGGGGAAAAGAUAGAUGAAAAUGGGGAAAAGGUAGAUGAAAAUGGGGAAAAGAUAGAUGAAAAUGGAGGGAAGAUAGAUGAAAGUGAAGGGAAAAUAGAUGAUAAUGAUGGGAAAGUACAAAGUGAAGAAGAAAGGAAGAUAGAUGAAAAUCAAGGGCAUUUACAAAGUGAAACUGAAAAGAAGAUAGAAAAUAUAGAGGAAAAUGUUGAUAAAAUCAUUGAUGAAAAUGAGCCAAAGAAAGAGGAUGAAAUAAACCUUGUAGCAGAGAAAGAUGAUGAUAAAAAUGACAGAAAUAAAGAUGAUGAUAUGGAUGAAGAGUAUUUCUAUGAAAUACAUCUUGAGUCAGGAACUGUGGUUACAUGUAAAGAUGUAGACAGCAAGCCUACAAGUCAUUUUACCCCCAUUACACAGUUAAGGCAUGUCAGUAAAACAUUUGUGGAUGUUGUUGGGAUUGUGACAGGUGUCUGGAAGUUAGAGAUGAAAUAUACGCAAUUUAGAUCUAUAAAUAUAACAGACGAGAACGGAUGCGAUGUGAAUGUUGCAUUAUGGGGCAAACUGGCUACAGAUUUUGAUGUUAAGUCUAUAAGUACUGUGGUAUCUUUGAAGCAUGUGAGAGUGAAGAAAGAGAACGGAGAUGCUGAACUUCAAAGCACUCCGAAUACAAUACUUGAUUACAAACCAGCUGAGCCAGAAGCUGUUGUACUGAGAGAAAUCCUGGGUAUAGCCGAAGACGUCACUGAUGUAGAAAAUGAAACCAGUCAUUGUUCCAGAUGUCGUAAACGGAGAGGAAGUUUCAGCUCUAGCGUAAGCGGUUCUUCUAAACGUCAUAGAAACGAUUCCGGUAAUAGCAGUGGAAGACCGAAGCCCAAGCGAAAUAAUUCAAAUAAUAGCGCAAUGUGUAAAAGACGUGGAAACAAACAGUUACUUGGUCGAAAGGGGAGAAAAAUUUAUAUCAGAAAACGUAACAGUACACGUGAUUAUUUCAAAAGUGAGGAUAGUGACUCUGAUCCGAGUGAUUCGGUAUCGGAGGACGUGAGAGAGGUGAGGGGGAGAAGACGACCAGUCAGGCAUUGCCAAAGCUUGUACUCAGAAAAAAUGAAAAAGAAAAGGAGAGUGCACUCAUCAUCAGAUGAUGAUUCUGAAGAAAGUGAUGACUCUGAUGAUUUUACAAGUGAUGAUACAGAUGCUUCCGAGAAGAAGAAAGAUAAAAAGAAUGGAAGGAGAGGCAGAUCUGGAAAUGGUGAUGAUAAAAAGAAAUCCUCACAAGAUUCAUCCAAAAAAGAUGGUGCAAGCAGCUCACAAGCUCCUCACACUGUUAUUUCUAUAGAGACGGACGAUGAGUCAGAAGUGGAAAGUCUCAAUUCAAAGCCAGCCAUUCUCACCAAGGGAGAGAAAAAGUGGAAAGACAGUGGUAAUUUUAUAACUAUCCUUUAA